AUUCUUCAGUACAUACGCUACAGUUGCGAGCAGCACGACUUUAAUCGUAACGUUCCAGCCCCCGGAAGCAUUUCAUUCUCAGAGAAGGAAGUUGUUGUUGGUGUCGGGGUGACCAGGGUCAGUUUGCAAAGUGAAAGUGGUGGGUGGAGUUUGAGGGUUAACACUGGUUUGAAUUUCUCUUCUCCCGUUUCCCCCACCCCCACCACCUCCAUUGGUAGUUAGAUUUCGGUCGGUCUCGAACCCCCUUGAAUGGAGCUGGUGGAUGGCGUCUGGCUGCGCUCCACCCAAACUGGAGGAGUUCAUUCUCACAGAGAAACUGGGCGCUGGCACCUAUGCCACUGUGUACAAAGCCUACAGGAAGGUGAACAGUCGCGAGGUUGUGGCCAUUAAGUGCGUGAGUAAGAAAAGUUUGAACAAAGCCUCGGUGGAGAAUCUGCUGACUGAGAUCGAGAUCUUGAAGACAGUCAGGCAUCCUCAUAUUGUGCAGCUGAAGGAUUUUCAAUGGGACAGCGAGAACAUUUACCUGAUCAUGGAAUUCUGUGCUGGCGGCGAUCUCUCCCACUUUAUCCGCACUCGUAGGGCACUUCCUGAGAGAGUGGCCAGGCGCUUUCUACAGCAGCUGGCGUCAGCUCUCCAGUACCUCCACGAGCGAAACAUCUCUCACCUCGAUCUGAAACCACAGAAUGUUCUGGUCAGUUCCCGGAGCACACCUCACCUCAAACUUGCUGAUUUUGGCUUUGCGCAGCACAUGUCUCCCUGGGAUGAAAAGCAUGUUCUGCGAGGGUCCCCGCUCUACAUGGCACCAGAGAUGGUUUGUCGCCAACAGUAUGAUGCCCGCGUGGAUCUGUGGUCAGUGGGCGUCAUCCUGUACGAAGCUCUGUUUGGACGGCCGCCUUUUGCAUCAAAAUCGUUCACGGAGCUGGAAGAGAAAAUCCGCAGCAACAAGGCCGUCGAGCUUCCCCCAGGCUCCCGGGUCUCGAGGGAAUGUAGAGAUUUACUGCUGCGGCUGUUAGAGAGGGAUCCGGAACGGAGGAUAACCUUUGAGGAAUUCUUUACACACCCAUUUGUGGACUUGGAUCACAUGCCGAGUGAGGAGAGCCUGGAGAAGGCGACUGCGUUGGUCGUGGAAGCUGUGAAAAAGGAUCAAUUGGGGGACCUAUCUUCCGCUCUGUCCCUCUACUGCAAGUCACUGGAGUACUUUGUUCCUGCUCUGCACUAUGAGUCAGAUCAACGACGGAAGGCAGCCAUCAGGUCAAAGGUAACUCAGUACCUCUCCAGGGCAGAGGAGUUGAAGAUAUUAGUUACUAAGAGGAACAGGGCUAACUUUGAACAGGCCAAAUCUACGAGGGACAUUCUGAAAGAAAUGUCCCAGGACAAACCACGACUCCUGGCCGCACUGGAAGUCGGAUCUGCUGCGAUCGCCAAGGAUGAAGAAGGUGAUGAUUCAGAGAAAACUCUGGACCUUUAUCAACAGAGUCUUGGGGAACUGCUGCUCAUGUUGGCGAGUGAGCCACAGGGCAGGAGACGAGUGAUUUUACAUAAAGAGGUUCAGAACCUCAUGAGCCGAGCUGAAUACCUGAAGGAACAACGCAAGAUGAGAGAGACUCAGAAAGAGGCAGCUACUAUGGAUCAGGAUCCGUUCUCUGAGUCCGUCAAAAGCAGUUGUUCACUCCAGUGAUCUUGAACGUCAGUUUCACUUUGCUCACACCUGGCUGCUGUCUUUUCUCCUGGACGUAACUUUGAGGGUAUUGAAUCACAAUCUCUUGACUGAAGCAACGAUAGUACUACAAAUCAUAUCGGUACAAGAGUCUUUCUGGGAAACAGUUUUAUGCUUGCACUUUAAAACAAAAUUGCAGAACUUGAAUAUUGCUGAAAAGAGAGACAUGUUGUCGAAGCCUUUCACCUUGCACUCAUCAGGACAAGAACAAGAAUGCCAAAUUCUAAACAAUCAAGUUUAUAUUACAGGAGAAAAGGAUGCUCAUUGGCUGACACCUCUAGUUGAGGUGUUGCUCUUAAGGUAGCAACAAAUAACUAAAUGCUUCCCUAAGAUCCAGGGUAGUUCAGAAAGAUGCAAGGCUUGAACAUAUUCCUUUUGUUUGCAGAGAACAGAUUAAUGCGAAUGAAUGUAUGUUCCUGUUAGCAAGUGUAAAUGAGCCAUAUUAUGAGCUCAACUGUUUUAAUUUGAUUGCCUUAAGUUGGCUGUCAGAGUAGCUAUUAGUGAACUCUGGAUUGCUCAGCAGUUGCCCCUCCAUGGAACUACAUCAAACAGAGGUUCUGCAUUGUGUUUUGGAGGUGGGGGCUGAAUGAGUUUGGUCUGUAUCUGUUUAUUAAAAAUGAAAAAAACACAGCUUGCUAUUUGAUUCGAUCAGCUAAACUGCUGGAAUUUGUCCUGAUGGAUGCAAGAAGAAAAUUUUUGGCAACAAGUUGUUCUUUACACAAUCACAAACCCGGAUGUUUAACCUUUCAUGGGUACGACAUAAUAUUUUUGUCACUUGAGCAGUCCUGUUUAAUUUUGGCCACAGUUAGACUUUUGAAUUUGGAAAUGACUCCAUGCUGCUUUCUCGUCAUGGCUGCUGUUAAUCAUUCUGUUUCGCCUUACAUAUGUGUGACACUUGUAUCCACUGAUUGGAUACAGAAAUGCAGAUAUCAACUAACCAUCCAGACAAUGAGCCAAAUAAGUUUAGAAAAAGGAAGAGCUUGCAAUUAGAUGGUACUGUAUCCAAACCUUUUAGUGACACAGUGACUUUUUGAAGAGUAAACGGAAUGGCUGCAACUGAAGUUUCCAAAUAAAUUCUUUCUGCCAUGCUAGAGAAUUUGCCAAACUUCAAGAAGGAAUUCCAAAAAGUCCUUUCAGAUUGUCCAGUUCCAGCAUUAGUUUUCAAACUGUUUCUUGAUAUUAUGCCUACUGUAUUGCUAUAUUUUGAUCUUAAUUUUGAUAACCGAUUUCAGACUCGUAUGUUUUUCUGAGUACCAGGGUACCCCAAUGGUGAGGGGUGGUGGUUUUAUCUGGUAGCAUCUAUCCAAUUCCAAAUGCCGUCAUCCACCCCUGCCUGCGUUAUUGAUUCAAAUUGCUUCUGUGUCUAGCCAGACCCUCUUUGGGAGAGAGGGGUUUGGGUUUGCCCUCGUUGCUGUAAUCCUGUGCAGACUAGAACCUGGAGGAAUGCUCACUUGAUGGGAAUUCUGCUCCGAGAGGUUCACGUGCUUCUGGAAAUGAUCAGAAAGUCUAAAGUUCACCCAGUGACAGGCAGGAGCUAAAAUAACCUGCAAGCCCUUCCACCCUGUCCCUGACAGUCAGGGUAUCUCUUGGUGAACUCACUCCACAUGCCUGCUGUGUCGAUAUGAUCUCCCUGGAGACGUGAGGCAAAUAGACAAGAAUGUAAGAAAGAAGAAAGACUCUCCUGAAACACCCUGCUCUUUUUGAAGUGACCAGGAUGAGUCCAGGAGACACUGAUCACCAUUACCAGGUGCCCACCUCCUGUGAAUAUACAGCUGUGUGUUGAAGAGGAGGCCAUUCAGCCCCACAGGCCUGUGCCACCAUUCAAUUAGAUCACAGCUGUGCUGGGAGCUUUUUAUUUUGAAAUGAAAUCUAGUAACCUUUGUCAACAUAAUUUCCACCACCCUGCCCACCACCUCAGUCACCUAGAACGUAAUUGUCCAGGUUGAUUAGAUUAGAUUACCUACAGUGUGGAAACUGGCCCUUCGGCCCAACAAGUCCACACCGCCCCUUGAAGAAUCCCACCCAUUCCCAUCCCCCUAUAACCCACACACCCCUGAACACUACGGGCAAUUUAGCAUGGCCAAUCCACCUAGCCUGCACAUCUUUGGACUGUGGGAGGAAACUGGAGUACCCGGAGGAAACCCAUGCAGACACGGGGAGAAUGUGGAAACUCCACACAGAAAGUUACCCAAGGCUGGAAUCGAACCCAGGUCCCUGGUGCUGUGAGGCUGUGGUGCUAGCCACUGAGCCACCGUGCCGCCCCCUGAGCCACCGUGCCGCUGGAGGGGGACGUACAGGAGCAGAGGGUGAAGCUUUAUCAUUCAGUGCUGAUUUAUCUAUAAACCUGGCCAUUUCUCUCCCAUUCUCCAUGUGACCCAAGAAGCAAUCAUGGCAUCUUUGCUUUACGAAGGUGGUGGGUGAAUUCUUAGCUCAGUUUAUUUGGUUCCAUUUCUCAAUCAGAGCCACAGCUUUCACAGCGAGAAUGACAAACCCCACCCCCAAUUAAAUGCCCUGGGAAACAGAACUGAGUUCAAUAUCACUGAUCAUUAUGGUUAGAUAUUUCAAACUUACAAAUAAGUUAACAUGACCUCUUAUAAGCAGAAUUUUGUUUAGCCUGUGAAGCAGUUUGUACAUGUUAUGUAGCAAAUCAUUUCUAUGACAGCUUAUGUCGUUUGUAAGUUUGUUUUUGUUGCUGACACCAGUCACGUUAAUGCCUGAAUAGUUUUACUUGACUUUCUAGAAAUAAUUUAAGGGCUGAAUCAACCGUUUCUCUUGCACUGAAUUUUAAAAAUUUGAAUUUGAAGUGAGUAUGAGUAAUGACCUGAUUGAAGUCUUUGUGACUGUGAAAGGGUUUGAUGUGUUUAUCCACUUUUCCCUGAAAUGUAUCAGAGCUUCUCACCCCUCCUGCUCCAUAUGGGAAGAAGUGUCUCUUGAAUUCCUUAUUGGAUUUCUUGCUGACUGUCUUAUGUUGAUGGCUCCUGGUUUUCAACGUUUCCAGAAGAAGAAAGGAUCCAAUCUACUUAAGACCCUAUAAAACCUUGAAAAAGAUUUACAUUUCAGAAUCCUCCAAAUACUUGAGGAGGCUGUCCCAAGUUAAAACCUGAUUCAGUUCCGAACUUACCUCAAGACAGAAGAAAGAUCAAUGAAAUGGUCUCAAUAUGCACAUUGCCUUUAUGAAACUAAACUGUUAGAAAUAAUAAUGUCUGUGUUAUUCUUA